CCACCACCGCGCCGACCACGUCCGUGUCUUCUUCCCCAUCGGAACAGGUCACCUAUGCCGCCGCCGCCGCCGCCUUCGGGAGGCUGCGGCUGCCAUUGCAGUUGUUGCAGUAGCGCUAGCGACGGCGCGGCCCCAUGGGAGGCGCCGCUGGGCGCGUUGGCAGACCUCGACGAGAACGGACGGCCCGCGGAACCCCUGCAGCGGCUCGGCGAAAAUACCGCCAACAGGCUGGUCAAGUUGAUCAUCCGGGGACUGUUGAUCUUACUAUGGGUUCAUGUGUAUGAUUCCAUGAGAAGAUACGCAAUCAAUCACAUUGGUGAAGAUACAUGGUUUGGUACGUUUGCUGUGAUCGUUGUUGCCGUACCAAUAACCGAAUUCUUUUGCAUUGUCGACAAGAUCGUGAUCCCACCGCGGUCUUUUGCAUUGUGGGGCUUUCCCCCAGAAUAAUCUCAUGGUGGUGGGCUUGUGACGCUCUCAAAAUUAUACUAUAUUAUUUAUAUGCUCAUUAUAUAGGCAUAUUAUAAACACGUGUAUUUAUAUUGA